GAAGCCAUGCCCUGCGUCCAGGCGCAGUACGGCUCCUCGCCCCAGGGAGCCAGCCCGGCCUCGCAGAGCUACAGCUACCACUCGUCGGGGGAGUACAGCUCCGACUUCCUCACGCCCGAGUUCGUCAAGUUCAGCAUGGACCUCACCAACACCGAGAUCACGGCCACCACGUCGCUGCCCAGCUUCAGCACCUUCAUGGACAACUACAACACGAGCUACGACGUGAAGCCGCCGUGCUUGUACCAGAUGCCCCUGGGCGGCCAGCAGUCCUCUAUCAAGGUGGAGGACAUCCCGAUGCACGGCUACCAGCAGCACGGCCACCUGCCCACGCCGGCUGAGGACAUGAUGCCGCACUCCGGCUCCGUGUACUACAAGCCCUCGUCGCCACCGACGCCCUCCACGCCCGGCUUCCAGGUGCAGCACGGCCCCGUGUGGGAGGACCCCGGCCCCCUGCACAACUUCCACCCCAACUACGUGGCCACCACGCACAUGCUGGAGCAGCGCAAGACGCCCGUGUCGCGCCUCUCGCUCUUCUCCUUCAAGCAGUCGCCGCCCGGCACUCCUGUGUCCAGCUGCCAGAUGCGCUUCGAGGGGCCGCUGCACGUGCCCAUGGGCGCGGAGCCGGCGGGCGCGCACCACGCCGUCGAGGGGCAGCCGUUCGCCGUGCCCGGCGCGCUGCGCAAGCAGCCCCCCAUGGCCUUCCCGGGGCUGCCGCUGGGCCACGCGCCGCAGCUGCUCGACAGCCAGGUGCCCUCGCCGCCCUCGCGGGGCUCCCCGUCCAACGAGGGGCUCUGCGCCGUGUGCGGGGACAACGCCGCCUGCCAGCACUACGGCGUGCGCACCUGCGAGGGCUGCAAGGGCUUCUUCAAGCGCACCGUGCAGAAGAACGCCAAGUACGUGUGCCUGGCCAACAAGAACUGCCCCGUGGACAAGCGCCGCCGCAACCGCUGCCAGUACUGCCGCUUCCAGAAGUGCCUGGCCGUGGGCAUGGUGAAGGAGGUGGUGCGCACGGACAGCCUCAAGGGCCGCCGGGGCCGCCUGCCGUCCAAGCCGAAGAGCCCGCAGGAGCCCGCGCCGCCCUCGCCGCCGGUGAGUCUGAUCAGUGCGCUGGUGAGGGCCCAUGUCGACUCCAACCCGGCUAUGACCAGCCUGGACUAUUCCCGGUUCCAGGCUAGCCCUGACUACCAGAUGAGUGGGGAUGACACCCAGCAUAUCCAGCAAUUCUACGAUCUCCUCACGGGCUCCAUGGAGAUCAUCCGGGGAUGGGCAGAAAAGAUCCCUGGCUUCACCGAGCUCCCCAAAACAGACCAGGACCUGCUCUUCGAGUCUGCCUUCCUGGAGCUCUUCGUGCUGCGCCUCGCUUACAGGUCAAACCCCGUGGAGGGCAAGCUUAUUUUCUGCAAUGGGGUGGUGCUGCACCGGUUGCAGUGCGUCCGUGGCUUUGGCGAAUGGAUCGACUCCAUCGUGGAAUUCUCCUCCAACUUGCAGAACAUGAACAUUGACAUCUCCGCGUUCUCCUGCAUCGCUGCCCUGGCCAUGGUGACAGAGAGGCAUGGGCUUAAGGAACCCAAGAGGGUGGAAGAACUGCAAAACAAGAUUGUAAAUUGUCUCAAAGACCAUGUGACUUUCAAUAACGGGGGAUUGAAUCGCCCCAAUUAUUUGUCCAAACUCUUGGGGAAGCUCCCUGAACUUCGCACUCUUUGCACGCAGGGGCUGCAGCGCAUUUUCUACCUGAAAUUGGAAGAUUUGGUGCCACCUCCAGCAAUAAUCGACAAACUUUUUCUGGACACUUUACCUUUUUAAGACUCUUCCCAUGCACUUAUGUUGAACUUAAAAGAAACUUCACCUGUCUGAAGGGGGAUUCAUCUGGGCGCAAAGCGGCACCUUUGGGUGCCGGGUUCCCAUCCCCAAAAAACUGUUGCUAACUUCCUGCAGGCAGAACAUGAAUGGGCAUUUUGGCUCUGGGGCAUCAUGGAUUCAGAUCA